AAUUUAUAAAAAUGUGCUUACCUUUUCCUAUUCUAAAGACUGCAAUUUAAGUUGCUGGUUGGUUUACGUUAGUAAUUGGAAUUUUGGGUGUAAUAGGAGCUAUAAUGUUUUCAGUAGUAGGAUCUCAACUAAAUGAGGAAAUUAAAAGUUAGAAUGGGGUUAAAAUUUUUAUUAUAUUGUAGGUUGAUAUAUCAUUUACAAUACCAAUAUUAGUUAGUUGGUUAAUAGCAGUGUUGAUUAUGGCAAUUGCAAUAGCAGGUAUAAUAGGAGCUAGAAAAAAAAACAAAUGUUUACUUACUUGUUUUAAUGUAGGAAACUGUUGUUGUUUUACCCUUUUCCUUAUAUUAGUUUUCGUCUUUACUUUAGCUUCUGCUUUAACUGAUUUUGCUGGUUCAAAUGGAUGUACUGGUAUUGAAGAUGACCAACUUUAUAUUUCUGCUAAUCAAUACUUAUGUAAAGAUGGUUGUGAAUGCUAUUAUAAAAAGGACAUUACUCCAGAACUUCAAAAUUAUAUAUAAAAAUCUUCAAAGGAUGAUGACAAAAAAGUAAAAAAUUGAGAAAUAUAUAUUUAUUAGCCUAUAAGAUUCCAAUAAUGCCCUUAAAUCUAAACCUUAGAUAAGGAAUUGGCAAAUACUUUGUAAUCAUUUGAAGAAAGCUUAGAUUGUUCUGGAUGGUGUAAAGGAUAUCCUAUUAAAUUAUUUAGUGAUGUUAAUUCUGGUGUAAGUCCGAAGUAAUUAAAUAAUAUAUAACUUAAGUCGACCAUGUUUUUAAGCAUUAGUAGAUAAAAUAUAAUCAACCAUAACGACAUCUAAUAUAUUUUUCAUUAUUUUCGCAAUCCUUUUUGGUGCAUUUCUUGUAUUAACAUGUUGUCUAUGCUGUCAUCCAGAAAAUACAAAUAGAUCAGAUUAUACAAAGGUAUAUGAAUGAAAAGAAUUAUCUUAAAUCCAAUAUUAU